AUGGACAGCCUGUGGCAUCUGGGGGACGAGCUCCGUGGGCAGCCGAAGGUGGUGGAGGACCGCCAGUGGUCUCUCAUGACGUCCAAGCUGGCGGAGAUCACCAGGUCCAAGGGCGAGAGGAUGAACGACCUCGACUACGCGAGGAUGAACACCGUCCCUGACGCCAAGCAGUGGGACAAGACGUCCUACCAGCAUCACGACGACAGCAGGAUGGACCACAUCAACCUCGGCCUCAUGAACCUGGAUCUCAAGAUGAAUGAUGUCAAGAUGAACGAGGCCGCCACCGCCAUGAAGCUCCCCUUCCGCAACAUGCCCUAUAACAUGAACCCAAUGUACCCCAAGGGGAGCAAUGCCAAUGUCAAUGUCAAUGUCAAUGCGUUCAAGAUGAAUGUUGGGGUGAACAAGUACUCCAAUAGCCCUAACGGGAAAGACGCCAAUGGGAAAAACAAUGGCAGCAGCAACAAUAAUGGAGGAAACAGCAAUGGGAGCCCCAACGGCAAUUCUACGGUUGACAAGCGCUUCAAGACAUUGCCAACAAGUGAAAUGCUACCGAGGAAUGAAGUCCUUGGUGGAUACAUCUUUGUCUGCAACAAUGAUACCAUGCAGGAGGAUCUCAAGAGGCAGCUUUUUGGAUUGCCAGCAAGAUAUCGUGAUUCAGUCCGAGCAAUUACUCCUGGCCUGCCUCUUUUCCUCUAUAACUAUACGACUCACCAGCUUCAUGGGGUAUUUGAGGCUGCCAGUUUCGGUGGGUCUAAUAUCGAUCCCACUGCAUGGGAGGAUAAGAAGUGUAAAGGUGAAUCUAGAUUCCCAGCGCAGGUGAGGAUCCGCAUUAGGAAGCUUUGCAAGCCGUUGGAAGAGGAUUCCUUCAGGCCAGUUUUGCACCAUUAUGAUGGCCCAAAGUUUCGCCUUGAGCUCUCCAUCGCGGAGACCUUGUCGCUGCUAGACCUAUGCGAGAAGGAAGGCAUCUGA